AAAUGAUGUUCAAAGUGUCUGUUUCUUAGAAUAUUAAAUGAUUUUGAGAUUUAGAAUAAGAUUUGUUAUCGGUAAACGUGAAUAACGAAAUUACUUUCCUAACAAACCAAACAAUUUCGUAAUCUUUGAAACUGGCGCUAUUAAGUCACAUAAUCUUUGAACAGCUGAUCAAUGAAACAAUGUAAACGCGGUACCUGUUCAAGAAUCGUUUAAGAAGAGGAAUUUGUGAAAUUUCUUAAAAUUUCUUUUGUACAUCAACCUUUUUUACAAAGUUUUUUUAUCAUCCAAGAAAUUUGAUUUCAAGAUUUGUUCCAAUCGACUUUUGGAAAAAUUGUGAUAUUUUCUUUAUUCGUGAGGAUUUGUACAAUGGAAGAAGGAAAAAAGUUUUGGAAGAAGUCCGAUGAUUUGUUAUUUUCAAGGAUAUCAUUAAUGAGCCUGGUGUUGGAAUAAAAUUAAACGGUGACGUAAAUGGAUAAUGGAAAUGGUGAAAGAAAAGCCACGAAGACGGAGCGUGAGUGAAUUGCUCGAUUGGAGAUCCAUGAUUGGAUUGAAAGGUGGUGCUGUUAAUUCCGAGAACAAUGAUACCGAUGGCAUUUAUUUUGAUGAUUAUGAUCGAAGUCCGGAAAUUAGGCGAAGAAAACGUUCCGGCACUUGGCCGAGAACGAGAAGUUUAAACGCACCAAGUCCGAUACAACAAUUUGGGCCAUGCGGGCGUAUAAUGAAAAACUCGGCUAUGGUCAUGACCAUUCAGGACCCGGCUUCGCAAAGGUUGACUUGGUACAAACCACCACUAAGUGUCCUCGUGAUAAAAAAAGUCCGUGAUUCUUCUGUUCUACCACCUUUUGUGCAGUUGGUAACAUGGCUAAUAGAAGAAAAGCGAAUGGUCGUAUUCGUCGAAGCUACCGUACUCGAGGACUCAGCUUUGGCUCGGGAUUUAAGAUUUCAAGGAGUUCGAGACAGAUUACAAACAUUCAGAGAUGGCACCGAUGAUUUACAGGAUAGAAUAGAUUUUAUAAUAUGUUUGGGAGGCGAUGGCACGUUACUUUACGCCGGUCUUCUUUUCCAACAAUCCGUACCACCAGUUAUGGCAUUUCACCUUGGUUCAUUGGGUUUUCUCACGCCCUUCGAAUUCGACAAUUUUCAAGAACAAGUUACGAACGUUCUCGAAGGUCACGCGGCCUUGACCCUUCGAAGUCGUUUAAGGUGUAUCAUUAUGCGAAAGGAAGAAGAGGGUCAACCAUCUAAAUCACCAACGAAUUUGUUAGUGCUGAACGAAGUGGUCAUAGAUCGAGGACCUUCGCCGUACCUUUCAAACAUCGAUCUUUUUAUCGACGGCAAGUAUGUGACUAAUGUUCAGGGUGAUGGUUUGAUCGUCAGUACACCAACUGGCUCUACGGCUUAUGCAGUAGCAGCAGGAGCUAGCGUGAUGCAUCCUUCGGUACCUGCAAUCAUGAUCACACCGAUCUGUCCUCAUUCCUUAUCAUUCAGGCCAAUCGUUGUACCAGCUGGUGUUGAAUUAAAGAUUUCAGUAUCGCGAGACAGCAGAAACACUUCGUGGGUCUCGUUCGACGGUAGAAAUAGACAAGAAUUGUUUCAUGGAGACAGUUUACAAGUGACAACAUCGGUAUAUCCCGUUCCUAGUAUUUGUGCAGCCGAUCAAAUAACGGAUUGGUUUGAAUCUCUCGCCGAGGGUUUACAAUGGAACGUUCGGAAAAGGCAAAAACAUUUGGACGAGCUGAGUGAUUUAACUCAUUCAUCUAGCAACGAUACCCUUGACUCUUUGGACCGUGACAGCUAGGCUAAGGGCAUGUGUUAUAAAUAGGAUAAUAACCAUUUAGCACAAUUGGUAAUAUCAAACAUAAAUCUAAAAGAUUUGUGCGAGUGCCUCUAAAGUGAUAAGAACAUGGAGACUCCUUUACUCUACGGGAUAAUAGACGACGGAUUUUGUUCUAUAUCAUCAUAAAAAGUUAUUGGAACCAACUAUGCCGGUGUCACAAUUGAAAUCAAUCAUUAUUUUAAUUCUAACAACUUUUAAAAGGCGAAUAUAGUAUACACGUUCGCUCUCAUAGUCAUCGAUUUGUACGAUAAUAUUUUAAAUGAACAUCGACAUUCAUGCAAUCAUAAUGUUAGUGUCGCAUUAUUCGAUGAUUCUGAUGAGUUGUUAAGAAGAAGCCCCGGCCUUAGUCGAAGAGCUAAUUGAUAUUUUAUUAUAAAGAGGAUCAAACACGUGUAAAGAGGUUUAAAACACGUGCAUUAAAAAAAAUAGAGAAAUCGUA